UACUGACUCUUCAUCGAGUUUGGGUAUCAGUUUCAUAGCACAAGCUACAUGGAUGAAUAAUUCGAAAGAGAUUCUAGUGAACGAGUCGAUGACAUAUGGAUGCGUAGCAAAUAUGGAACCGUCUCGGGUAGAAUUGCAGAUUGAAGACGGUCAUGAACGGUUAUAUAUACCGUUCACGAGCCCCUACUCUAAACCGCCCUUGUGCAUGACAAGAGAACUAAAUUAUGGUGGAUUUUAUAUAACAACUAUGACAUCUGUAAACGGAAUUUAUCUUUGGUCGUAUGUUUCCUCGAACUAUUUUCCUUGGUCUGAAUCACAGCAUUGGUUUGCCACGUUUUGUUUCGGAGGAAUGCAACCAGAAGCAUCUCGUGCCACAUCGGGUCAACGUUCGGAUACUGUGUCAACGUCAUACGUCGGUAUUCCAUCGUUUUGGACCGUAUUCAACUGGGAGUACGACGGUGCUUUGGCAAUGGGUGCAUCGUUGAUGUCCUGUACGUGGAACGCGACAGACGAAAAGCUGAUUGGAUGUGGCGACUCGAAGCAGAGCUAUGGAGGAGUGGCCAACAUGGACGUGCGAAAUGCAAAGCUAGAAGAGAGCGGAGCAGUUCUCAAAGUCACGUUUAUUAGAUCAUACGCCAAAGUGCCUUACUGUUUUAUUUCAGAAAACCAAAUCGAAAAACUUUACUAUGUGCUGGAAAUCCGAGCUGCUGUGGACAGAGGGGCGGUUUCAUUUCGUCGCACAGUAGUCGGAGACAUGAAACCAUGGAGCUCAUCCACCCUGCACUCUAGCUUCACAGUGUUGUGCUUCGGAGUGAUGGCUUAGUUAGAGUAGAAGACGCAGUGUCAACAUCGAAAGGCAAAAAGGAAAUACGUUAGAGUAAGUAGACAACAGCUUCGUAAAGAUGUGUAGUCCUUAGCAGUUCGUGUAAUGCUGCUAUAACUUUAGAUGUAUGCGAAAUUCAUAGAACGUGUUUAAUUAAAGACAAUAGAUAGAGACAUAUGAUAGCAUUUGUCCGUAUAAUAUAAUGAUAGUAUGGAUAGUACUAUUUGUCUGCAUUGGAGGAUGAUUAAUCAUUUACAUCUUAUUCAAUACACAAAAUAUAACUAUUCCAAUGG